AUCGCGAGGUCUCUGUUCAAGGUCUGGCCUUGCUCUGCGCUUGAUCCGAAUCGGUGGAACCGGGAAAUCACUACGCCCCAUUGAUUUGAUUCCUCAAGUUCCUGAUUAACUGCGCCAAUUUCAUCAAAUCCCAGAACCUAAACCCCCGAUAUCUUUUGCGCCCGCCCGCCCAUGAAUUGCUUGUCCCGCGUGCCUUCCUACACUGCCACGAUAUGUAGAAGAGCCACCCGUUUGAUCGGCGGACGUCCUUUCGUCAAGUGUGCUAAUGCGCCUGCUUGUAGCGGAGCGUUCCGGAAUGCCUCUCUCAGAAGUGUGAACUCGGAGUUCAUGCUCUGUAGAUAUGGUGUUCGAUGCUAUUCCUCUAAGAGGGGCAAGAGAGGCGGGUCCAAGGCGGCGAGCUCGGUCUCGAAGAAGGUCGUUGAUCCGGAGAAAGAUUCCUUCUUUGUUGUCAGGAAAGGGGACAUCGUUGGCGUUUACAGGAGCUUCCUUGAAUGCCAGGCUCAGCUUGGUUCAUCGGUAUGUGAUCCUCCUGUCAGUGUUUUCAAAGGCUACAAUAUGUCUACAGACUCCGAGAAUUAUCUUGCCUCUCGUGGGCUUAAAGAUGCUAUCUACACUAUCAAUGCUGCUGAUUUGAAGGAUGAUCUUUUUGGAAUGCUUACACCUUGUCCUCUUCAGGAGCCUGCUGCAUACAGAGGCAAAGAUACUGAGACUAAUGGGCCCAAAGAGACAUCCCACGAUGCCUUGGAGGAAGAAGUUUCUGUAACUGUUUCGACUGAUCCAUCUGUAGAGCAUGUCAGCUCCAAUCUCAAUGACGAGGGGGUGCCAAUAUCUUUAGGAUGUAGUUCUUGUAUUCUUGAAUUCGAUGGUUCAUCAAAAGGUAAUCCUGGAAAAGCUGGGGCAGGAGCUGUAUUGCGAGCGGACGAUGGAAGCAUGAUAUGUAUAUUACGUGAAGGUGUGGGUACAGCCACAAGUAACGUCGCUGAGUAUCGAGCUAUUAUCUUAGGACUGAAGUAUGCCCUGGAGAAGGGGUGUAGAAGCAUUCGUGUUCGGGGCGACUCCAAACUCAUCUGCAUGCAGGUUCAAGGUUUAUGGAAAGUCAGACACGAGAAAAUGUCUGAGUUGUUUCAAGAGGUCGAAAAAUUGAAGCAGAACUUUCUGUCAUUCGAGAUCAGCCAUGUUCUCAGGGACCUAAAUUCUGAGGCUGAUGCCCAAGCAAACAAGGCAAUCCUUCUUGCUGAUGGUCAAGUUGAAGAGGAAUGUGUGGAGCUGGUCUGUGACUCUGCUGGCGACGCUUAUAGAAGGAUUUUGCCUCAAAACUCCAGUUCCAGGGCCGAAUAUAUUGUGCUGGUCGGGAACCCUGGAGCUCUGAAAACCAUGGCGGUGAUUCUAUCGAGAGUUGCUCGGAACUUCGCCGUUGCCGGUGGUGCCGCCAGAUCUUCGCUUUCUUCGGCCCCCUCUUGUCCUUCUUCUCCGUUGCGCCGCUUCUCUUCGCCGUCUUCGCUCCCCGCCGUCGCGGUCGCUCGGUCUGAUGUCGCCGCCGACGUGGACGAGGAGGGGGACGAGGGCCUGGGUCUCGCUCCGGCUUCGGUGGUCAAGGCGGCGGAUCCAACCGUGCUCCAGCCUCGCGUGGUGGUUUACGACGGUGUCUGCCAUCUCUGCCACCGAGGGGUGAAGUGGGUCAUCAAAGCGGACAAACAUAGGAAGAUUAAAUUCUGUUGCCUCCAAUCUAAGGCUGCGGAACCAUACAUGAGACUCUGUGGUCUCGAACAGGAGGAUGUCCUUCGUCGCUUUCUGUUCAUUGAAGGGCCUGGAGAAUACCACACAGCAUCUACUGCUGCUUUAAAAGUGAUGUCCUACUUGCCGCUGCCAUACUCUGCUCUCAGUGCACUACUGAUAGUACCGACACCACUUAGGGACGCAGUUUAUGAUUAUGUUGCCAAAAGGCGAUACGACUGGUUUGGGAAGGAAGAAGAUUGCUUGGUUCUACGAGAGCAGGAUAUGCUCGAGCGCUUUAUAGACAAGGAUGAAAUGUUGGAUCGAAGUCGAUCAGUUUUGUGAAUACUUUUUCUUGCCUGGCAUUUAGGUCUUAUGCAAGUUCGCACUUGUAAAUGGUUUCCCUCAUCUAGUUCUCUCUCUCCCUCUCUAUUGAGAUUUUGGAUGAAAGAACAUGACAUUGCAACUCACGAAGUUGGACUUCAAUUUUUCUCUUGUAGGAGUCAUGUACAGUACAAGUAGCAUCGGUGAAUUUCAAUAUUAUAUCAUAUAUGUUCAUCCAUCA